CAGUCCAUGAGGGCCAACCUCGCUUCUGUGCGCAGCUUUGCAGAAUACACGGCCAUUCAGAGCUUAACUGCAAUUGAUCGAUACAGGAACACGUGGAUUGGAGCAUCUGAUGCUCAACAGGAUCGUUUUUGGUUCUGGAGCGACGGAACACCUUUCACCUACACAAACUGGUGUCCUUAUCAGCCUGAUCACAGACACACUGGAACGUAUGGACCAAAUGGACCGUAUUGUAUACAAAUGAAUUUUGGAGUCGGAAAGUGCUGGGAUGAUGGCGAAUGUAAGGCUGUGUUUCCAUCCAUCUGUGCCAAGAAAGUCCUGGGUUAACACCGAGCCAGGACGUACCUGCCGAAAGCACUAUUAAGCCACUUUUUGCAUAGUCUGACUUUUUGUGUUAUCAGUUUCAUAAUAACCAGAAAUAUUUGUCACGCAAUUCAAAUUAUGUCUCUUCUAACGCUGUAACGCCUUUAAAGGAAUAAAGGGACAAGUAACUUCUACAGCAGCAGGUUGUUUUUGAGGCUUUAAUGAAAGCAGAAUGAAUGUGUUGAAUGCUUGAAGCAAAACUUUAUUUAUAAUUGUCUUUCUCUUCUUGUGCAAACAUUAAAGUGU